AUUUUUGACAGAUGCCUCACAGGUAGAAGGGUUAUCAUGGGAAAUUCAAAUGUAAAGCAGCAUCUUGACACUGCCGAAAAGACCGGAGCAUGUCAGCUAUCUAAAUCAGGUUUGAAAGAGUUUCCAGAGGAUCUGAGUCGGCUGACAAAGAACUUAAGGACCCUUGAUUUGUCAGAGAAUAAAAUAUUACUAAUUCCAUUGACUAUUGGCAACUAUGCUCAGCUCAAAAGCUUUUCAAUGGCUGAUAACAAACUCAGUAACUUACCAGAAGAAAUGGGAAAUCUAACAAAAUUGGAAACUCUGAACCUUGAGAGAAACAGUAUUACAACCUUGCCAAAUUCUUUCUCUAAAUUAAAACAUUUGAGAAAUAUCAAUCUCUCUGGAAAUCGUCUGUUAAAAUUCCCCUCUCAACUUUGUGGUCUUACUAAUUUAGAUUUAGUUGACCUAUCCCGCAAUAAAAUCACACAAGUGUCAGAAGAUGUUAAGGAUCUUCAUACCAUUGAGCUCAAUUUAAAUCAAAACCAGAUUUCCAGUUUACCUGAGUCUAUCGCUGACUGCCCCCGCCUGAAGGUAUUGAGGGUAGAGGAGAACUGCCUGGAGGUGACUGCCUUCACCCCAAAGAUUAUGAGAGACUCCCAAAUAGCCCUGCUGGCAGUUGAGGGAAAUGUGUUUGACUUGAAGGCAUUCCACAAUUUGGAGGGAUAUGAUGAUUACAUGGAGAGGUUCACAGCCACAAAGAAGAAGUUCAACUGAUUAUAGAAAUUCAGCCUUGUAUGUAUUCACAAAGACUCGAAAAUCAACCUUAAUAUCUGGGCUUUUUGCACUCACCACAUAUAUACUCU